CAUUGUCUUUUUCGCAGCCAUUUUAAUUUCAUUCAUUGGAUUUUACUGUUUUGGAUUUUUUGACGACGAAGUUGUGUCAGUUAUUGUGUUUUAACGGGUAAUGUUAAACAAAACGUGAAAAUUAUUGAUCACAACGACUUCGAUACGAACAAGUUACAUUUAUAGUAUCUACGCAAUAGUUUGUAAAACCUGUAACAUAAUUUUGUUAUGAAUCGUUAAACAUCCUUGGAAUCUCAUAUACCUAUUGAAAGUAGUGUAAAUUGUUGCAAACAUGGAAUCUCCAAGACAGUCAGAUUCUGAUACUGUGGAGUAUUGGAAGAAACAAGCAAAGCAUUAUGAACAAAAGGUCAUCGAUUUACAACAAGAAUUGGACGAUUACACCGAAAACUCAGCACAACUUGAAAAAGAAUUAGAAGCAUCAUUAGUACAAGUUGAGAAACAAAACAGAGAUCUUGAACAUCAAAAUCAACGAUUGAAAAAUGAAAUUGAAAUGUUAAGGAACAAAUUGGAGAGAAGUCAGCAUGAAACAAAUGCCUUAGAGAAUGAACUUCAAGCAUUAAAAAUAGAUAAGGAUAAACAAGGAGUGUAUAUCAGAGAGCUAGAACAAAAAAAUGAUGAUUUGGAGAGAGGUCAGAGAGUAAUAUCAGAAUCAGUGUCAUACAUUGAAUCACUGUUAAACCAAGCAUACGAAAGAAAUGCUGUCCUGGAGAGUGAGGUUGAUGAAGUGGAGACUUUGAGGAUCAGACUGCAAAGAGCAACAGAUGAAGCUAGAGAUCUGAAGCAAGAACUGAAGGUAAUGGAAAAGGUUCCCAAACCAAAGAAGGGAGAUGACAGUACACUUGAUAGCUCCUUAGUCAACGGACAUAUCUCGAACCCAACUCGGACUCAAGUUGAAAUAGAAACACAAACUUCUCUGAUGUCACCACAAAAACGUGAAAUAAAUGGCAACGGAAUGACACCAUCGUCUCGGGUAACGGCCAUAAAUAUAGUUGGCGAUUUACUACGCAAAGUGGGGCUUGAAAGGUUUCUUUGCCGUGAAUGUGGUAAGAUAAAAUGCUCCUGUGACACGCCUGCAGCUGCUUCUCAAAUAACUACGCCGAGCGACUCCACCGCCACAGAGAAUGGAUUGACUAGCAAUGACGUUGAUACUGGCGGUCCUGUCGAGUACAGGACCCCCAAAGUACAAUAUGUACGAUCGCAUUCAGGAUCUGAACGUAGUUCUAUAGUAAAGAACUCACCUGUUUUAACAAAACGCGCAUCCGAACAACCGUUCGUGCGUUCCACACAAGCAGAGAAUGGGAAAUUAAGAAGAUCAUUUGCCGUACGGUCUCGAGAGGGCUUAGAGAACUUGUUAAGUUUUGCUUCUAUUAGAAAGGGGCAUGAUCAUUCAAAGAAAGCUUUGGAAUCAAAGUUAGCGUCGUGUCGCGGUACAGUUAGACCUAAAGAACAUUCACCAAAUUCAGCCUCGGAUGUGAAUAAGGACUACAGGUGUGUACUCAAGAACUAGAUACGUCCAUCAUAUCAUCACUUCUGUAUCGUGACGUGCCGCCCGCGCCCGCGCCGCAGCGUUUAGCUUCUAACAUAGUGUGAUACUAUAUCGAGCGAAUCUUCAAACAUCGCUUAUCUUGCUGAUCAUAAUGAAUUCAACUCGAGUACUGUGAUCAUAAUCACAAUUUUCCUAAUUUUACUAAUAUCUGUGAUGAUAAUGAAAUAGUUAAGGAUCGGUAUAUCUAUGUGAACGGUUUUGGCCUACCCACCGGAGGACUAGCACUGUGUGAAUUACAUACCGCACACCAUGUAGUUAUUAGCUUCACGAAACAUGUGUUGUUUCUAUAAUAAAUUAAUGAUAAUAAAAAUUAAUGCGUCCAUCUUAAAAACAAAAAAAAAACUAAAAUGUGUUAGUUUACCGUGUCUUUCGGUAAUAUAGAUCUGUUCGAAUUCACUUCAGAAUGAAUAGUUAUUGUUAUAAUAUUGAGUUAAUGUCUAAAAUAAUUAUCACUUGAGUGCACGUUUUCUCGGUGUAAAUUUUAGGAGCUAUUGGACUCACCUUUACAUUACUACAUUAAAUAAAAAAAAAGAUACUUUAGUCUAUUGGUGGACAAAAAUAUUUUCGAAUGAUAUUUAUGUAAAUAGUAGGUAAAGAGGUAUGAAUGAAAUUGUUAAAAUUUAAAAUAUUAAAAAUUUAUCAGUAAAAUUUGCAAUGACAUUAUUUAUAAAUCUAUGUAUGUAAUAUGUAUUGUAUAAUAUGUAUUUUGUACUUGCAUAAUAGUUAUAUAUUUAUAAAGAUGCUAUCAAAUCUAUGUAUUCGACAAUACAUGAGAAUAUUAUUAUUAUAGCAAUAAAUGUUUAAGUUAGAUUUCUUCGUAUCUGUUCUGUAUCGCCAUGAGGUACUAUAUUAAUAUGAGGAUUUUUACAAUAUCGACAAGAAUAAUUUAAUAACAACAUUCUAAUAAUAUAAUCAGGUGCUCAAUACACAAUUAGUUAAAUACUUAGAACUGGAACGAUUUGAAUACUAUUUUUAAGAAUUCGUUUGAUUUUAUAUAGAUUUUCGAUAAUGAUUGUAGGUGUUGCAGAAAUAAUUUCGUGACUAACCAUAAUUAUUAUUGGGCAAUAAUUGCAUGAGUGUAUCACUACAUUGUUCUUAGCAUGCACUAAUGAUUGUGUUAAGUGUUCGUCAUUCCCUUAAUAUGUAUAGAGGGCGUACGGAUCGCUGUCAUGGAAACUAAAACCAAACAUUCAGUAGGCACUCAUACAGUUCUAAUAUAUUGUUUGUACAUGUCUUUAAGUAACGUUUUGUAAAGGAACCCCGUUUUGUUUUUUACUAAAUCCGGGAUCAACAUCAAAAUUCCCUCAUCGCGCAUGUUUUAUCGGUGUUGCGACGAUGACGUCAUCUUACUUUGCUAGGCCAGUAGGCCAUCAAUGAGAUAACAACUAGAUUAAAAUGCACUUAGAUAACAAACAAAAUUAUCGAUAACAGUAACAAAUUAAUAUGCAUGGCCCAUUCCACAAUUAAUAAUUUCAUUUAAAUUAGUUAUAAUUACAUAUUUUUUCAUGUAAAGCUCACAUCAAUAGGCUGUAGUUCUAGUUUCCAUAACAGUGUUCCACGUGCAGUGUAUAACAUUUCUUUGUAUUUGGCAUUGUUAUCACCAAGUUAAUAAAAGAUCAUUCUAAUCUAAUUGAAUAUUUCUUAGGAUAACAAGCUUGGUACAAAAUAAUUGUAUUAAUUUAAUAUUAUGACGAGAAAGUCGUGUCUUGCCCUAAACACUUAGUAUACAAGUAGCAGCAACUUUGGUUUUCAAUUACAAUUUCACUACAUUCUAUCAUUCAUUAUUAACUAAACUAAUAAAACGAGAGAAUAUGAAAUGAAAACAAAUGACUGUAGGUAGAAUUUGUAAUUUUCAAUAAUAUUUCUGCUAUAUAAUCUCAACACUGUGUUUACAAUAACAUAUAACUGUUACAAAAUAGCCCCAAACAAAAAUAGUGUGUAAUUAGAAACUCACAAUGUAAUGUACCUCUAAAGUUGAUUUAUUUGAGGUCUUAAAUAAAUAAUAAUGUAUUCUAAAUUGUUCUAAAUAGUAAAAUCUACAGAUUUAGUUGGUCGAAACAAUGGUUUGUCAAUUGCGUAAUGUUACUCAAAUGUAUUUGCCCAGUUUGCUGCAAAUAGUUUUAAGUAUUUAGCAUUUAUACGUUCACGCGUGUGGUGACCAAACAACUUUUUAUUUUUUACGCAAUAUGAAAUAUGGAACGAUAAUAAAGUACGUCAAAAAACGGAA